AUGGAUCCUUACGACAGCGACUCUAGCCUGGACGAGGACUUUACUGAGACCAGUGUCACUCUUGGCUAUGCUUCUGAGGAGCAGUACGAUGACAAAAUCAGCCAUCUAGGCGGUUGGCCGACAUGGAUUGACGAGAAGACUCCUCCCCCAGGCGAAUUCGCCAAUUGCAAAGUCUGCAAUAACCCUAUGGCUCUGCUCCUCGAGCUCCAUGGUGACCUGCCCGACCACUUCUCCAUAAAUGAGCGCCGUCUGUAUAUAUUCGGGUGCCCAAGGAAACCUUGCAACAGGAAACCAGGCAGCAUUCGCGCCUAUCGGGCCACGCGAAAGGUAAAUCUCGAUUCCACGCAGGAAGAGCAAAAGCCAGAGAAAGCAAAGCCAGAGGCAACCAAACCAGAGAAGGAGGCACCUAAGCCCAAGCAAGACCUCGGUGCUAGUCUUUUCGGAGUGACCUCGCUCGUCGGCAGCGUAUCGGCUAACACAAAUCCCUUUUCUACGAAGCCCGCCUCUUCACCGAGCGACAACCCCUUCGCUACCCCCAAACCAGCCUCCAACUCCACAGCCCCUACAGACGGCCUCGCCGCGUCCUUCGCAGACAAAGUCCGCCUUUCGUCUCCCGAGACGGAUCCCACUGCCAUCAAAUCUAGCCCUCCGGGCGCAGCAUCCAAGCAGACUCCGGAAUCCACAGGUCCACAGACCCCGUGGCCUGCGCAGUCCGCAUUCCCGGCGCCAUACAAAUACUUCUACCUCGACGCCGACAUGGAAGCAAUGUCCAACCCGUCAACACCACAGGUCCCAGAAAACGUGACGUUGGAGCCAAUGGAUGAAGACGGCGGCGGCGCCGACCUGAAAGAUACCUUCGAGUCGGAGCUCGACAAGGCCUUCAUGAAGUUCUCUACCCGUCUCGCACAUAACCCCGAGCAAGUCCUCCGGUACGAGUUCCGCGGCUCGCCGCUCCUGUACUCCUAUAGUGAUCAGGUUGGAAAGCGCUUCCAUGCUGGCCAUGCCGCUGGCAAGGUCACGACCGUAUCUGCGGGUGGCAGUAUCCCACCGUGCGAGUACUGUGGUGCGGAGCGCGUGUUCGAGAUGCAGCUUGUGCCGCAUGCUAUUAGCAUGCUUGAAGAGGGACGUGAGGGUGUUGGGCUUGGGAAGGAUGACGCGGGUAUGGAGUGGGGGACUAUUAUCGUCGGGGUUUGUGCGAAGGAUUGUGCGCCGGAGGAGUUGUAUAAGGUAGGGUGGAGGGAGGAAUGGGCUGGUGUACAAUGGGAAAGUCAAUGA